UGUAUGUAAAGGGGUUUGGUUGGUCGCGUGUUUGAGAAUGGUUGGCUGCACGAUUGUAGUGACGCGGAUGCUACACUGCAGCAAGAGCCACCCCAGCCUUCGACUGCCUCCGUAGCGCGCAGGUGACUUGUCAUGGCGCCUUCCGAGGAGACAACUAGCGCCACUUGCUCUCAGCAACCAGAACAAGACGUAGCAAGGGCAAAGCUCCAGCAGGACAGCCCAAAGAUCCAGCAGGGUGUCUCUACUAACUUUGAGGAAAACAUUGGUCACAGUGGAAGCCCCAGCUGUAUAGGAACCAUUGACCCAGUUUUAGACGGCCCGAAAAAUGUUGCUACAAACUGCACAGAAAACAUAGACCCUUUGGUUGAAAGUCAAAACAGCAAUGCCAGUGUUUGUGUAAAAAACGUUAACCCACGUGUGAACAGUCCAAAGAGUGGUUCUAAUAACAGCAUAGGAAACAGUGAUUCAGUUGUGGAUAAGAAUGUUGACCACAUACUGGACAGUUCACAGAGUGUAGAAAAUACUGACCAGAUUGUAGAUGGGCCAGGUAUUUGUGCUGCCGUUACAGAAAAUGGGAACGGUUCAGAGAGUGUUGUGAAUACAAAUAAACGACAUAAUGAUGAAAUUCAGGAUGGACCAAAGAAAGUUGUUACUAACUAUGCAGAAAAUGAUGAUAAAGUUGUGAUUAGUGCGAAGUGUGUUACUGCUACCAACUUAGAUAAUGUAGAGCAAGGCGCUGAGUGUAGUACAAGUGUCAGCAGUGUGGUGAAUGAAAAGAAAAGUAAGGUUGUGGACAAUCCAAAGUGUAUUGCAGUUGCCUCCACAGAAGACAACGAUGAGAUUAUGGACAGGCUAAAAGAUAAGGAUAGUGGUGAUAAUACUACCUGUGUUGAAAACAUUGCCUGUGCUGUGAGUGUUUCAAAGCAGGAAAUUGGCGCCAAGAGUGAGAAUGAUGGUAAUCAUGUGACUGUUGCUGCCAAAGUUGAUGACAUUGAAAUUGUGAAGAAAGAGGAACCUGUUGGCUCCAUCUUAAGGGAUGCAGCAGGUUCCUCAGACUCACUGGUAUCUGUCAUCCAAACAGGAAGUCAUCAUAUCCCGGAACAUGAUAAUACUCAACUCUCACAUGUUUGA